AUGCCCCCAAUGGAUCUUGCAUCAGCCCGUGGGACCAAGCUUAGCGAUAUCGUAAUCGAUCACCGCCCCAGCACAGGCCGUGGCAAGAAACUUACCCUUGCGCAAGAGGGCGUUCUGAGGAGACUGUAUGAACAAGAAUUGCCCUCCGUGUCAAAUGGCAAGGUUCCGGCGAAAGGAUUCUGGGAAAAUCUUGCGUCGUUGUUUCACGAUCACACCGGUCGCGAGUACUCAUGGUUGUCUGUGAAGCGGCGGGCUGCGGGUUGGCGUCAGAAGUCUGUAGAAAUUGACGGGCGACUGGAUGCCUCUCGUGCUAGCGAGCUCGGGGUUGAGGAUUGGGAACCUGGGCCUAGUAAUCAAGAUAUUGCUCGUCAAUCCUCACGCCAGGAGGGUUCAUGCGAGAGCGAACAACCCAAUAUGCAACAAAACAAGCCUCCCCCGCACCCGCAGGAUUCGAAGCCCAUGGGGCUGUCUCAACUUGAAGAAAGUCCCGGUGUCGGCGACUGGUUGCAGCGCAGUUGGUUUUCAGGUGAUCCAGAUCCAAGCCAAGACACCAGUAGGAAUCUCAGAUCUCCUCGCAUGUCUGAACCCCGCCCCCGAUCCAGGUCGCCCCAGCGUGUAUUGCAGCCCAGAUAUCGCCGCCGAUCCCCUUCGCCAACGAGACGUACCAGAAUUAUUUCCAAACGAUUGCAUCAUCAGCUGGCGUCUCCCACUGAUGAAAUAGUCGCGUCUGGUCCCAAUCCUUGGUCUGGCUCUUCCCUAGCUCAUGAAGAUGUGCAACCCAGCCCUCAGGGUAAACGAAACCCCCUUGGAUUCAACCAUAUCCGCGAGUCGAUGAAGAAAGAUGAGUCUGAGAACCACGCUCGUGAUUCAUCAAGAUUUAAGCGAGUGGAGAACAAAGUCAGCAACGGUCUUCUUGCUUCGCCACGCCUAUCUGAGCAAGAUGACUUACCACUGGCCCCAACUCGGAUUUUGAGAAGGCGUGUUGCAAAAUGA